AGGUGACCUGUGCGCAUGUGCAGCCGCUGGGUCAGGCUCUGGCUUGGAGCUGGGGAAGGGGGUCGGGCUGCAUAAUGAGGAGGACUGGGUUUUUUUCUGGAUGCCCCCUUCCGGCUCCGGGAAGCGGUGGGACGUAGGUGCUCCCCCGAGCAGGCGCGACGCUAACCGAGGGCCACCCGGGCCCGAGCGGCCGCGGCCCGCCGCCCCGCGGAGUUGUGUUUUCCUGAUCCGGCUCGGGCUGCCCCUCCUCCGGGACCCUCCCCCUCGGGAACGGUCGCCCACGGCGGUUUGGACGGGCUUACUUGGCGCGGUUCCCGGGAUUGCCCCUGGAAGCCGAGUGUAGGGUGGCUGGCUUCAAGCCUUCGGGUCAGCCUCCUUAAACUUCGUGACACCUAAGACUCCAGAAUGCCAGGAUUACAGGCCACUAUAUCCACUUUUGAAGUCUCCUCUUCAAAGCUUCCCAGAGAGAUGCUCCCAUAGAAUGACAGAGCUUCACGUAUCUGGAAUGGGAUGAAUAAUUGAACGUCACAAAAUUUCUACCACUGUGAAAUAAGACUAGAUCUUUAAUUUUAUAUGUUUUGAUUAUCCCAAGAAAAGAAACAUUAUCUUAGGGAAGAAAAGGUGGACAAGUCUUAUUUUCAAGAGAAGAUGACUUUUAACAGUUUUGAAGGAUCUAGAACUUGUGUGCCUGCAGACACCAAUAAGGAUGAAGAAUUUGUAGAAGAGUUUACUAGAUUAAAAACGUUUGCUACCUUUCCGAGUAGUAGUCCUGUCUCAGCAUCAACAUUGGCACGAGCAGGGUUUCUUUACACUGGUGAAGGGGACACUGUGCAGUGCUUUAGUUGUCACGCGACAGUAGAUAGAUGGCAGUAUGGAGACUCAGCUGUUGGAAGACACAGGAAAAUAUCCCCAAAUUGCAGAUUUAUCAAUGGUUUUUAUUUUGAAAACAGUGCCACACAGUCUACAAAUCCUGGUAUCCAAAAUGGCCAGUACAAAGCUGAAAACUAUGUGGGAAACAGAAGUCAUCUUGCUCUUAACAGGCCAUCUGAGACUCAUGCAGAUUAUCUUCUGAGAACUGGACAGGUUGUAGAUAUUUCAGAUACCAUAUACCCAAGGAACCCUGCCAUGUGUAGUGAAGAAGCCAGACUGAAGUCAUUUCAGAACUGGCCAGACUAUGCCCAUUUAACCCCCAGAGAGUUAGCUAGUGCUGGCCUCUACUACACAGGGAUUGAUGAUCAAGUGCAGUGUUUUUGUUGUGGUGGAAAACUGAAAAAUUGGGAACCCUGUGAUCGUGCCUGGUCAGAACACAGGAGACACUUUCCUAAUUGCUUCUUUGUUUUGGGCCGGAAUGGUAAUGUUCGAAGUGAAUCUGAUGUGAGUUCUGAUAGGAAUUUCCCAAAUUCAACAAAUUCUCCAAGAAAUCCAGCCAUGGCAGAUUAUGAAGCACGGAUCAUUACUUUUGGAACCUGGAUAUACUCAGUUAACAAGGAGCAGCUUGCAAGAGCUGGAUUUUAUGCUUUAGGUGAAGGUGAUAAAGUGAAGUGCUUUCACUGUGGAGGAGGGCUCACAGAUUGGAAGCCAAGUGAAGACCCUUGGGAACAGCAUGCUAAGUGGUAUCCAGGGUGUAAAUAUCUGUUGGAUGAGAAGGGGCAAGAAUAUAUAAAUAAUAUUCAUUUAACCCAUUCACUUGGGGAAUCUUUGGUAAGAACUGCGGAAAAAACACCUUCACUAACUAAAAAAAUUGAUGAUGCCAUCUUCCAGAAUCCUAUGGUACAAGAAGCUAUACGAAUGGGAUUUAGUUUCCGGGACAUUAAGAGAACAAUGGAAGAAAAAAUCCAAACGUCUGGGAGCAGCUAUCUGUCACUUGAGGUUCUGAUUGCAGAUCUAGUGAGUGCUCAGAAAGAUACUGCACAGGAUGAGGCAAGCCAGACCUCAUUGCACAAAGACAUUAGUACUGAAGAGCAGCUAAGACGCCUGCAAGAAGAGAAGCUUUGCAAAAUCUGCAUGGAUAAAAAUAUUGCUGUAGUUUUUGUUCCUUGCGGACAUCUGGUCACUUGUAAACAAUGUGCCGAAGCAGUUGACAAAUGUCCCAUGUGCUACACAAUCAUUACGUUCAAGCAAAAAAUUUUUAUGUCUUAAUUCAGAGCCACAGUAGGCAUGUUAUGUUCUUCUUAUUCUAAUUGAAUGUGUGAUGUGAGCAAACUUUAAGUAAUCAGCAUUGCAUUCCAUUAGCAUCUGCUUCCAAGUGGAAACAAAUGUUACCAGCACUGUUGCAGUCUAAACUUUGAAUUUCUAGCUCUUUCAGGUUAUUAGCUAUAUUGUUUAUCCAAUUUUUUACUCAAUUGAAACCUCAGACAAAGAAGCAUUUAAUAUUGUAACUUUUCACCUUAUGUAUUUGUAGUACACUGACUUGAUUUCUGUGUGUAAGUGAAUUAAUUACCUGCGUUUUUCAUUCCUUUUGGAUAAGCUUAACAAAUGGAGUGUUCUGUAUAAGCAGGGAGAUUUGAGUUAAUCUACCCAAUCAUUUAAUUUGUUUAUUGUGAACAAGGAAUGAACUGUUCCACACUGGUGGGAGGAUAAACAUUGUCUUUAGAUGUUUGUUUCUGUAUUUUAUGAUUCUGUCUGUUUCCUUUCAAAAUUAUAAACGUACUUGUGUGAAUGAUUUUUUUCAAGUGAUUUUGCCAUCUCCCAAAAGGUAUUUAAUGGUAGACUACUAUGUAACCAGCAUAUACUAACAUGGAAAGACAACAAAGAUACAGUAAGUGUAAAAUACAAAUGGCAAAACACUAUGUAUAGUUUGAGCCAAAUCAAGGUGUGUGAAUUUUAUAUCUGUAUAGGACAAAAGAGAUUUGGAAAGAUAAGCAUCACACUCUUAAAUAUGUUUUUUUUUCUUGAGGGGGGUGGGGGCAUGGGUCUUAUAGGGGGAUUAUAGGAGCCCUUCUCUCUUUUUUUCAUUUUAUUCUGUUUGAAGUUUAUAUAGGUAUGUAUUACUUUUAUAUAAUCAGAAUUUUUAGAAAAUAUUUUACUGAUUUAAAGGCUUAGGCAUGUUCAGAUGUCUGCAAAACUACUUAUCACUCAGUUUUAGUUUUUCUGAUCCAAGAAGGCAGGCCAGUUAACCUUUCUGGUGCCAAUGUGAAGUUUAAAUAUUUUUGUUUUACCUGCUUUGUGGAUGAAAAAUAUUUCUGAGUGGUAGUUUUCUGACUGGUAGAUCAUGUCUUCUUAUCUUGUUUCAAAAUAAAUAUUUCUGAUUUUGUAAAAUGAAAUAUAAAAUAUGUCUCAGAUCUUCCAAUUAAUUAGUAAGGAUUCACCCUUAAUCCUUGCUAGUUUAAGCCUGCCUAAGUCACUUUACUAAAAGAUCUUUGUUAACCCAGUAUUUUAAACAUCUGUCUGCUUGUGUAGUCAAAGUAGAAGCAUGUUUGUAGACUGCUUGUAGUGUUAGUGACAGCUUUCCUUGUUGAGAUUCUCAUGUCAUCUUGUGUCUUAAAAGUUUCAUGUGAGUUUUUACUGUUAGGUGAAUUAAGAUGUAUAUAGUACAGAAUGUUAAGUCUCUGUUUUAUGUUUGUUUGUUUCUUGACUAGUAAUGGUAGUAAAUACUUUAAAAAUAUUUUCUCAAGAUCCUUAAAGCCUCUUGGAAAUAACAUACUGACAAGAGUAGUUGUUUAAAUAUUUUUUAACAACUUGUAUAAGAGUCAAUAUGAAUAAAAUCAAGCUAAAAUGCUUCAUAGAACACAGGAUUUACCUUAAAUGAUUAUCACGAUAGACCUCUUGUAAAGACUGGUCUAUUUUACUACAGUGAACAGUUUGGGAGUGAAACUGUUACAGUUUAGACUUUUUGUUGUAUUUUCUAAGAGAAAGAGUAUUGUUAGGUUCUCCUGACAUCUGUUGACUACUAUGGUAAGUGAGGUUAAUUGCAAAUUUAAAUAGAAAUUAACAGAAUUAAGUACAUGACUGCGCUCCCCACCCACCCACCCCCGUCUAUCUGUCUGUCUGUCUCUCUCUGUC